UGGUCUACUGCAAGCAAGUGACAUUUUUGACAUUGCACAAUCAUAACCUGAAAAUUUAUUUUUAACCACCACCGCUGACGCUUAAACGUUACCAAAACACAAAAAUAUUUUGUGAUUUUAACUUAAAUUAUUUGUACAUCAGGUAUGGCUUCGACGCUUGAUUCGUACGUCAACAAUACUGUGUCCAUUAUAACCUCUGAUGGUCGGAAUUUCGUGGGCACACUGAAAGGUUUCGACCAAACGAUAAACAUAAUUCUCGAUGAAUCACACGAACGGGUAUUCUCCACAACGGCUGGCAUCGAACAAGUCGUUCUCGGUUUGCAUAUCAUCCGCGGUGACAACAUCGCCGUCAUCGGACAAAUUGAUGAAGUGUUAGAUAGUAGACUUGAUUUUCAUACAAUUAGAGGGGAACCGUUGGGACCGGUUGUACAUUGAGAGAGUGAGUGAGUAAAGUGGAAAAUGAGAAA